AGGACACGUAUACUACUAUGUUGGGCUAGUCUACUAACACACCUACUUGAGGCACUCCAAGUACGGAAUGAAGGCCACUCAAGGUCUCUGAAACGAAAAGGCGGGGGUUUCGAUUGCGAGUUGACCUUCAUCGCGUGACCUUUUCUCGCCCAUCGCCAUCCAACCCUCUUCACAUUAGCAACAUAAAUUCUAUCCGGGACCAGUGAUGAAAUAUUGUCAGCUGAUUUUAUAUGAUGUCCCUGAAAAUACAGAGUUGGGAAUUGAUCUGAAGUUUUGGAAGGUUGGCAAACACUUUAAAGGCAUCAAGGAUAUACCUCUGGGAAUACACUUUGUCUACUAUAGUUCUGUAAAUUCAGACUGUAUUUCAGGCCAACGUGUUGGAUUCGUAGCAAAUUUUUCUCAACCUGGUUUCAUUGUUAAGAAGUGGCAAAAAGAACAAGAGGAUUUCAUUGAUGUUAAUUUGACUGAUGAUGAAGUAGAGCGUAUUAAUUCGAAUUUCCAUGAAAUUUCCAUGUAUCUGGGGCAGUAUCCUUCAGAGUCACACAGAGAUUGGAUUUCGUUGUCUAACUUUAUAACAACGUGUACGUUAACUCGUCUUGUCCCCUACUGCGGUCGUUUGUAUUCUUGUCCACACUUCUUAUCUGAACCCUCUAAUACCCAAGAACGGCUAGCUUGUAAAAAUUCAGAUACGACUGAUUGUUCAAAUAAAAAUCCAGAAGACCUUCUACCGAAUUUAUCUAUUGUUCCUGGUACAGAGGUGCGUUUUACCUCAAUUCCAACAAAACCACUCUAUCCACCUCUUUCGUCUCCAUCGGAAAUCACUGCUCAUUGUAUGGAUCAAACAUACACUCUCUGUGCCACACUAGAUUCCAUCUUCUUGAGCAUCGCUCCAGAGCAAGCCACUGGUGUAAAUAAGGAUCUUGAAUCUACUCGUGAAUUGCUUGGUGAAUUUCAGUUUGCUUUCCUUAAUUUACUCCUAAAUCAUUCAUUAGAAGGCUGGGAGCAGUGGCGUCGUAUAUUCCAAUUGCUUGCUAAUUGUGAAAAAGCUAUUGUUAAUUAUCCUAAUUUGUAUAUUGACUUCAUUACGGUUAUUUAUCAUCAGUUAAAUAAUGCAAAUAAAUCGGACGUGUCAAGCAACAAUUCAUCUGUGGAAUUACUAGAUAUUUUCUUUUCAGAAUCAUCUAGCUCUAAUACUCAGCUCAAAUUAACAGAACCUGGUUUUCUACCAACUAUGAUUGGAAGGCUUUUGAAGAAUAUUAAUUCUGUUUGUAUUUCUGAAAUGAAUAUCACUAACAAAACUCAUCCUAGUGAAACUGGUAGUAUACUGAAAGAUCUAUGUAAACGUGCAGACGGCUUUGCUCAUAGCAUAAAACACCGAUUCAAAUGGGAUAUGAUCACUUCUUAUCAGUUGUCACAAAGGUGUACUCCGGAUGUAACUGAAAUUCCUAUUGAGGAAUUUGACUGGGAUGGCGAUGAAGCACCUGUCAUUGUACAGCUAUAAUCUAGUCUGAAAUAAAAAUUACUGAUAAUAUUUUUCAUCACACUGUAUCCAUAUUUUGUGUAUGUUCAUUUCUACAUUGAAUGGUCUUUAAAAUGCCAAAAUAUUUUAAAACUAAUUUUUAUCAUCCUCGUUGCUCUCAUGUCUUUUCUACAUGAAAACUCUUUAGUUAAAAUCAAUGCAUAUUCAGUAACUGUUGAGUGCAAAGUUGAGAUACCGAACAGAGAUUUGUAAUUCCAAAUAAAUCUUCAAUUAUUAGUUAGUAUAAUUUCAAUUUUUGUUAUGAUCCCAUGUGUAGUUCAUUCAUCAAGUUUAAACCUACAGGUUUGAGUUACACCUAGCCACUACAGCUCUGCAGGAAUUUUACCGAAAAAAGUACGGACAGUAUCAGAUCAUUAAUUAGUUUAAACUUUAGAAGGGAGGUAAUGACAUUCUAGCUGUCCCUGAGCUGUCAAUUCGGGCUUUUUAUUCGUAUUUCAGGCUUUCACACCAAGCAUUAACUGUGGACUCUGGGACUGGGUUGAAAAAGCGGAUAAGUGAUCAGCCUACGAUAUAGAUGCGUUAUAUCAAAAAGUGCUAUAUAAAACUGACAUCAGUCAGUUAAUCACAACUUCCUGGUUGAGGUCAUAAAAAUAUACGGAACUUCCUUGAAUGAAAUAUUUCUUGAUCGUAUUAGUAACUAAACUGUAUCUUCUACUUUGAGCUGUUCUUGUUUUUCUAAUUACUUUUAUUUUACUUCUGAUUAUACUUUCU